CGUCCCUCUCCUAAUGGCACAGUUCUCCGUGCUGCGUUACACCUCCUCCGGCCAUAUUUUCCUAGAAUGAUUAUGCCGAACUUUCUCCGUGUUUUUCUCUCCACGGGGCAUUAUUCCGGGUCCUGAAGUUUCCUGCCGUGUCAUCAUUUUUGGAGUUAAAGCGACCAGAGCCUUCAUAUCUGGAUUCCUUAAAAAAAAAAAAAAAAAAACAUACUGUAGAUAGGCCAGGAAGUGCUGCGUUUUCUCUGCCCGGAGGUGCAGCUGCUUUACUGAAUCAGCGAGGAAGAAGGAAAAGACGAAGGAGACUGGCAAAGCAAAUGAGGACGCGAUGGAAAUGUAAAAAGGGCAUAUCGUGAUCCCCUGUCAACAAAAUGAUGUUUCCUCCUCUCUCUCUGAGUCAGGACGAGUUUCAUCCGUUCAUUGAAGCGCUGCUACCCCAAGUCCGUGCCUUCGCCUACACAUGGUUCAACCUCCAAGCCAGGAAAAGGAAGUACUUUAAGAAACAUGAGAAAAGGAUGACUAAAGAAGAAGAGAGAGCGGUCAAAGAUGAACUGCUGGGAGAGAAGGCAGAGGUGAAACAGAAGUGGGCUAGUCGUCUCUUGGCCAAGCUAAGAAAGGACAUAAGACCAGAAUUCAGGGAAGACUUUGUCCUGUCAAUCACCGGGAAGAAAGCUGCGUGCUGUGUCCUGUCGAACCCUGACCAAAAAGGCAAAAUGAGACGCAUAGACUGUCUGCGACAAGCUGACAAGGUGUGGAGGUUGGACCUGGUGAUGGUGAUUCUGUUCAAAGGAAUCCCGUUAGAAAGCACAGAUGGAGAGCGGCUGAUGAAGGGAGGCCAGUGCUCCAAUCCAAUACUCUGCGUUCAGCCUCGACACAUCUCUGUCUCCGUUAAGGAGCUGGACCUCUACCUUGCUUACUAUGUACAAGAGAGAGAGGCCGAGCAGAGCAUCAGUAGUCCCAGUCGAACAGGACUGGGCUCUGAUCAGGAGGACAGUCGAACGGCCACCAUGGAUGGUCCAGAGUUCCAGGACAGUUUUGUGACAUCAGGAGUUUUCAGUGUCACUGAGCUGGUCCAGGUCUCAAGAACUCCUGUAGUCACCGGAGUGGGACCCAGUUUCUCCAUGGGGGAGCUCCAGGGUCAUCUGGCAUACGACCUUAACCAGUCUGUCAACCAGCCAUUAAGCCUCAGACGAUCAUUGGCCAGCACCUCAUCCAGCGGGAGUAAGCGUCACAAGUCUGGCUCUAUGGAGGAAGAGGCCGACAGUCCAGGAGGGGAGUAUUACCACUCACCGUCCUCUCCUGCCAGCAGCUCCAGGAACUGGACUGAUGACAUGGAAGGAGGUCUGUCUCCACCUGUAAAGAAAACAGAGAUGGACAGUCCCUCACCUCAAGAAGACUCACCCAGGAUGGGCUCUUUCACUCAGCACCACCGGCCGGUCAUAGCUGUUCACAGUGGUCUGUCUCGGAGUCCCCACCCCUCCUCAUCUCUUCAUUUCCCGUCCUCCUCCUACUUCCCCCAUGGAGCAAUCCGCUAUCCCCCUCACCUGGCCCAGGAUCCCCUCAAAGACCUGGUCUCAUUGGCCUGCGACCCAGCCAAUCAAACCUCCAGCUCACUGAACGGCAGCAACCAGGUGAAAGUGUCCAGUCACUACAUCUCCUCUCAGAUGUUGGCGCCCCCUGGAACAGCAUCCUCCCUGGCUCCGCCUCCAUCCUCCCUCCCUCGGCCGACGCUGCCUGCAGAGUCAAAGGCCUCUACCACCUCCUCUGAUGGGGGGGCACAUUCCCCCACAUCACCAAUCCUGGUAUCUGGGGAACUGAGUGACCUCUGGAGGAAAGGUGAUCACCAUGACAUUUCAGUGCUGGAGGAAAGGAAACAAUACUGUCAAGACAUGGCCAGAGGGAAAAUAUAUUCAGCUUUAUAGAAGCCUGACACGUGGCCAUACACACAUCUAAAUAUACAGAGUCAUAUGUUUAUGUGUGUGUAUGCACUAAGAAGAUGAGCCAGCCUGGAUGGAUGCUGCUUCCUCUCAGCCAUAUCCCAGAAUGAACUACGCCAUGUGACGCUGAAUGGCUCUCAAGAAUGGCGAGUGACGUGAGCUGGAAUUUUGAAGCGAUGCAGAUUUCUGUUUUGUUCAGAUGAACUGCAGAACCAGAAGUCUACAGAUCUUAAGAAGCCUGGACCCUGACCCCAGGAUGAGGCCUGUUAUUCCUGCACCCUGGGUCUCUUUACUACAUCUAGACCUCCUUCCUGGGACAGGUGUAGACCUCACCCCCCCUCAACACCCAGAAUGCCCCUCUCCGCUGCAGGUGCUGCUUAUAAUAUAUGCAAAUAAGCCUCCCUUUCUUCCGGACUGACUAGAGAGAGAUAUCCUCCUAUUAUUAUCUUGUUUUUCUUUGCACCUUUUGAUACGUUGUUGAAAAGAAUUGAGGGUUAGAGCAACAUAUUAUUUUUGGUCUUCUCUUUAAUGACAGGGGCUUCUUCUUUUUAGUGACAAUCAUCCAUCAUCAUUUCGCUCUGCUCGUCUUCUUAGGGCUGUUUCCUUUUUAUGAGAAUACUGUGUAGAAUAUAAGAGCUAUACUCAUGUCUCCUCCUGGGACAAUGCUUCACUUCAGUGAGAACAGGUCCAGUGGUAUCAGGAAGGCAGAGGAGACUGACUUCUCCCUUCAGAUACCAUUCAGUUUGUAACGCAGAGACAUAGAAACACUCAGUUGAUCUGAGAGAAGGCAAAGACACAUGGAAACCUGCAGCCAGCAGCACCGAGGAGCUGUUGAGCUGUGUGUGUGUGUGUGUGUGUGUGUGUGUGUGUGUGUGUGUGUGUGUGUGUGUGUGUGUGUGUGUGUGUGUGUGUGUGUGUGUGUGUGUGUGUGUGUGUGUGUGUGUGUGUGUGUGUGUGUGUGUGUGAGAAUGUAUAUCAUCCCUGCUUUAUUUGGAGGAGACGUUGUGAGGAGAUUGUUUGUUGUUGAAGGUUUUGACUUUAUAUCAGGGAUGUAGAAAGAGAGAUGUUGCACUUGAUGCUUAAAGUGAGAAAGUGAUGCAGCUUGUCAGCUGGCAGGCUGUGUUGUUCUUUUUCUUGAAGUUGUUGAUUUCUGAUAGUAGGUGAUGUGAAUACUGAUUUGACGGUGUUCUGUAAGGUUCUGCACCGUGUAGCUCAACCCCCCCUCUAGAGUCUGUAGAGGAACGGGGGGGGGGGGAUCAGGCAGCUGGGGACAGAUACAGGAAACAGAAGGAUAUCCACAGUGCUGACCUAAAGGGUUGUUGAUGGUUCACCGCUGACAACAAGCAAGAAGUCGAGCAUUUAAAGAUAUUUUUGUAAGGCCCAACAAACACAAUGUCGUGUAUAAAAAGUGAUUUUUGGAGCCAAAGAAAAGAAAAAGAAAAGAAAAAAAUAUUUUUUAAAUCCUACAUGUUGCAUUUUCACUUUGAUUUGAAGCUUAACAUGAGACAAGUUAAAUGGUAAAUGGACUUUUCUUCUGACUACUCAAAGUAGCAGCAGGAGCAACUUGGGGUUAAGUGUCUUGUUUCUAUCAGAUGUGUAGCUGCAGGAGCUGGGGAUUGAACCAUUGACCCUUUGGUUAAGAGGUGACCCACUCUACCUCCUGAGCCACAGCCACCCCCAAGUUAAGCAUUUGAUCCAGUCCAAAUCUGAAUUUUCAUCUGCAGAGAUGGCAACAUGUCAAAAGCCAUAUGAUCACAUUCUGGGAGUUAGUAGAUCUCAAAGUGAAACUCAAUGAAUGUGAAGAUGUCAGGAUGAUUAAAACUUCCACAUUAAUGUGAAGUUCAAAUCAAACUCCAAAUGCAACAGUAGUAAAAGCCUUUGCUUCUUGGCCUUUCAAUGUUUGUGAAACAUCUCUUCAAACAUGAAACGACUGGGUGUGCAUUUCUUCAUCCUCAAUGUUCUGAAGCGUUUGCAUAUUUCUGUGUUGAGGUGAGAUGAGAAAGCACAUUUGGCAUUAUUGAACUGGUUUAAGUCUGCAGAACUGCUUCGUUGAUUUGUUCCCCGUGCAAACAGAAGGGUGAAAGUCAAAGGUGUUUUUUUUUCUUCAUCAUGGGAGUCAUUUCUCCUCUCUGCCUGGAAGAAUAAAGUAUAGUAGGAGCCAAUAUCAAUGAAUCAGAUUAAAGCCAUGCUCUCUAAUAUGCAAAGCCAGUAACCAGGAAUGAAGCAGCGUGGCAUGGCCAAUGAAAAUGCUGAAUUCUUACAUUAGUUUAACUCUUCCCUGUUUUAAAUCAGACAUCUCUCAGAUUUCCUUCUGAAGAUGCAGCAGGCUGCAGAAAAAGAUCACAGUUUGUCUUUACCCUUCAUGUUCAUAGAGUCUCAUGAGAGGACUCAGUGAGGUCUGAAAUGGGCUACCCAAACACCCAGUACAAUGUACCAGCUUACCAGCUCAGCCAUGUGCGUGGAGAACGGAUGAGUGAUUUUUACUACCACAGCUAAGAUCGGGAAUUCAGAAGGAAAUCCAAUUCAGUCUGAAUUUUUCUAUCAGUGUUUUCUCGGUCGUCUUUUUGUGUUUUACAUUUGAAAGUGAAACAGCUAUGGAAUAUUUCUUGUGUGGAUUAUUUUAAACUUGCAUCAUGUGCUUUUACGUCCUUUAGCAUUAGCACCUGUGUUCCUCUUUACGCUGUGUGCUGUACAGAUGCUUCUUGGUGUCAGUCUUCUACUCUUUGUUUCCAGGCUUUUAGGGGAUACAGCUGUCAUUGCCUACUGUGGGUUCAGAUUUUGUACUGAAGGUGCUGAAUUGAGCUGGGUUUGCUGAGGUGUAAAGCUUUGUUAAAGUUAGCUUAAAGCUGAUGUAUACUGCAUGGUGCUGCCCUGGUCGCUGUGCUGACCUAAUGAAUGCAUGGCUAAAAACUGACGAUACCUCUUCCUCUCUUUCCUGCUCUUCCUCCUCCUCCCCUUCCUCCCUCUGUACUCUGUACUCCAUCAGAGGGUAGUAGAUGGAAGGGUUGUCUAUUUCUUUACAUUUUAAUAAUAGCCCUGUUGAUAAACUUCUAUUUUGCACGAUAUUUCAUGAAACACAUUAUGUGCCUUGCCUUUAGUUAAAGAACAAUUAUACAGUAUAGAACAGUCAUCAUGUUUUCAUGGUACAGCUGAAAGCUUCAAACCAGAUAAAACUAAUCAAAAAAAGCUGCAUGUGUGAUUGCUUGGCAUUAACCAGAGUAGGUACAUAGUUAAGUGAGUGAGCUGCCAGCUGGGAAACUGGCUUUAGUGUCAGUCCACUGACUGAAGGCAGAACACGAGAAACACUCUGACAGUUUGCUGAAUAUAACGCUUUCACUUAUUUACUUUUCCUCUGGCCUUUAUCCCCAUCUGAAACAUUCAAGCAGUCGCUGAGGCGCUUUGUGUGUCAUCCAGACUUAAGAGUAAGAGUAUGUAAGAGUGAGGUUAUUCAUAACCUCCUGCUGUGGAGAUGAUCUGACACUUUAACACUCAUUGGGAUCAUUUCAAUAAAAAUAAUAUAGAAAACAUGUUCAGACGUGGAGAUAGAUGUAGUGCUCAAACUAUGAACUGUACACAUGAAUACCGUGUGUUGUUGUUUUAUUCUGCACAGAAAAGAGAAGCACUUCCCUCAUCGUUGGCUUGUUUCUUGAUGUUUGGAUGUUAAACGGCAUCAUUCAGUAUAAUGAGGUGUUUGCACUCAGAGAUCUUCAGUGGCUCUUCUUCAUGAGCUGAAGGGUUUGCUUUGAGGUGUGUGGAUAACAGUGUUAAUAACCCUGAUGUUUGUCUCCGGACUUCCAUGUAUUGUAAAUGAUACUGUAACUUAGCGUUUGGUUAAAGUUUGGUUAAAGUUUGGUUAUUUUGUAUCCAAAAGUCCUAAAUGUUCAGAAUAAAACCCCAAAACAUCCUCAGAGUGUCCGCUCGGCUCGCUCUACGUCCUGCUUUCAGAACAAGUGUUAAACACAUGCAAAGUCAUUUCAGAGUAUUUACAGAGGCGCUGCUUAUCAACAGGCAAGGCAGCUGCCCGGGGCCCCACCCAAUAGGGGCCCCAGGCCAACAGGGGCCCCAGGCCAAUAGGGCCCCCCCUGUGGGCUGACAAACUUUACAGCAAAGGUUUAAAAUGUGCAAAAUGUUGCAUUGACAGUAGGAGACCUCCCUAAAGGGGGCCCCAUCUUACAGCACUCCCUCUCCUUGCUCUGCAAAGUGUUGCAUGCUUUGUUUCUGUGAAAACCAAAGUUUGUCAAUGAAAGGAAACUGAAGAGGAGUUAUCAGUCUGGGAGAGAAAGCAGAGGAGUAGGCAUGUGGACACUGGCAGAUAUGAUGGUGAGAGGGGCCCCUGGGGUCCUAAUGGAGUCUAGAACAGCCACUGAGUAUUUACAGCAGGAAAGUUCAUUUCAAUCAAUCGAUCUUUAUUUCUAUAGCACCAAUUCACAACAAAUGUGAUCUGAUGACUCUUUGUUAGAUUACAGAGCCGACAUGAAUCCACCAUGAGCACAGCACUUUAGCACAUUUGUUUUAUUGGUAAUAUUUGAUCGAGCAUUAGCCAUGUCAUAGAAUCAUGUAGGUGUGUGAGGUUCAGCAGCUCUUUGAUUGGCUGUUAAAACACCGUCCAUUUGCUCGUAUGAUGACCAUGACCACAUGACCAAUCAUAUGACAUCACAAGAGGCCAUAUUUAGAGUUCAUUUGAUAUGCAUGCUUUAAUCUUAUUGUUUUGUAUUAUGUUCUUGAGUAAUUAUCUGGUUGCUUUUAGUACACUUUAAAGAAACAUGUACAAGAUGGACUUCUAAAGUCAGAAUGUGUUUGUGUGUUUGUUUUAAGAAGAUGGACAAGCGUCAGAGAAAUGUAGCCCAUUAAAUGGGAAUAAUACCAGUGUGCUUGUUUAAAGUUCAGCAAUGUGAGGGAAAUGGUAGUGGGAGAGAGAAACACAAUCCUGAAGGUGAAGAUAAGUAACCUACCAGGGCUGGAAAUGAACACCCGUCACUGCAGUAAAUCACCUGCAUUCAGCGGGUGAUGAGUGAAUUUGUUCAAUUUACCAGUCAAAGUAACGUAACAGAGAGAUUUAAAACGCAUGCUUUUAAAACAACAAAUUGAUAAUGGUGCCUCUCAGUCGAGCUUCAUUUGCAGCUCAAUAAGCUAAUUUAACAUUUGAGGACAUGACUCUUCCAAAUAAUCAACAAAAAUAAACAAAGAUCAUGUCACUGUUUUCUGAUUGAAACAUUUCCCUUCAUUAAACAGCCCAUUACUUGAUUUGAUAUUAUGAGUCAUUGCAUUAUGCUGCAUGUUGAAAUGUGGCAGGUAGGCGUAAAGGUAAAUUUCCAAACCUGGUACGUACCUUCAGGCAUUACAGUCCUCUAAAUUUGACAUUCUAAUAACAGACAGCUUAUAUAGAGGAGCAGUUAUUUACACAUCUAUGUGAUAUCUUACCGUCCCAAAAGUGUUAGCUACAGUUCAAAACACCUGAAGGCUCAGACUGGAUAUGAAACGACCAAAACAGAGAGAGAGAGAGAGGGUCCUCUGGCAGUACCAAGGUGCUCCACCAGUUCAAAACAAAGCAACACAUCAAUCUCUUAUUUUGGUACCAUUCCCAACUUUAGACGUACUGAACUGAAGCGGACCGCUUGGUGUAAACAGGGCUGGUGUGUGUUGAUGGAGUGGAUCCAGAGUACUGCUCUGACCUUGUGACCAGCAUUACUGUACACAUUGUCCUUUCUAUUGCUUCAUAUUGACGAGCAGAAGAGAAAACAUCUUUUAAAUUCUUAAUCUUGACCUGUACUAAUGACACUUGCACUAUUUAAAUGAAGAUGGUUUAAUGGAUGUGUUUUCCCAAUUUGGGUGGAUGGCUCUGAGCUCUACAGAAAGGUCUGAGUCUCUGAUAAAUAUAUAAUGCAGUGGGAAUUCUCUUCAUCUGUAUUACUCCCUACUCUUUCUUCAUCAUUAAGAAAACCAAGUAGCUCUCUGACACGUCAAUCAUCCAGCCGAUUGGAGGAAUGUGCUCUGAAUGAUUGACAGCUGCCCUGCCUCUGCUGAAGCUUGUGCAGUGUUCAACAAAGUGAAGCAGAUUGAGCGCUGGCUGCCCAGGUCUCCAUUUCAAACAUCAUACAGUUUCCCAUGGCGUCCCAGUUACCAUUCAAAGCACAGAAGUCUUCUAACACGUUGUCUGGAAGUACCACCUUUAAGAGAAGUCAGAAUGAGAUCAAGUUGCUAAUUUUAAGAUUUACUAUCACACUGAUCUACAGUAUUCAAGCGUUCAAAUAAACCAGCAGGUCAACAACACGGAGACUUAAAGAAACAACCAAAAAUGACUUCAACAAGCAUUGCCUAUGAGUUCACUGCUCCUUUCUAUAGAGUUCUUUUGCACGCUGGGCUUUACAAACACAACUUGGUGGUGCUUGUGACUCCCCUCAGCCCGGGACCGGUGCUCAGUAUUGUUCACAUCACCAGCACAUGGUCGAGAUGAGCUGGGAAGGUGAACAUGACAAGCCAUAAAAAAAAAAAAAACAACCCAAAGAGUAAAAGAAAAUCUAGAGGAACACGGUGAACCUUUGUGUUUGUUGAGGGGAGAAAGUGAGGUGAGAUUAUAUUCAGGGAUUACAGCUGUGUUUUUCCUACUUUAGAGGUUGAAGGGAGAAAGACAGGACGACAUGUUUUUCAUUCUAUCCAGAGAAUGAUACCUCUUUACUACAUGUCCACCAUAUUGUGAAAUUUUACCACAAAGCAGUAACAGCAGUCCUGAUCACAUCCUUACAGAUCAACAUCAGCUGUUCCUUUCAGCCCACUGACCUCAUAGGUUUCUGUCAGAGCAGACGUUAGGGUCUGACCAGGUGGGAUGGAUCAAAUCCUUUUAUUUUGUAUAUUUUAUGGUUCAAUGUUUCUACCACACAUCUAUUUGGAGAGUGCACUUUAACAUAACAACACUGAUUCAGAGUUCAUUUGAAGCUUCCUAACAUGAUCAAAGGUUGAAAUAAAUUUCAAACCUUUCUCACUUUUGUGGAAAUAUGCAGCGAAAUACUUGUCCACGUCUGUAAAUGUUAAUGUUUGGAUUUAAAAUGUGCUCUCUUUUCAGAUGAUGUUAUUUAUUGGGUUGGUUUUGGUGUAAAGUUUCCAUCUAGAUUUUCCUUUUCUCUGUGGUACGACUGGAGAGCUGCAGUCGGUCAGGUCAUAACUUGAGCUGAACACUAAGGGGUAUACAGGCGAGUUUACCCCAGAAGGUUUUUUAAGAGGGCUCUUUUCUAAAAAACUUUUCAUGUUCUUCAACUCUCUUCUGUUGCCUGACUGUUGUGACUCCAAUAGGGUUUUUUUGUGCGCCGUAACUUGGAUUCUGUUUUCUUUUAUGGCCCUGUAACUCACCGCAGUUUGAAAUCUUUUCUUAGCGACCUACGUCUGAUUUUGUAGUUCUUUCCUGUGACGGUGACGCCAUAUUGAUUCCAGUCUGUCUCUGUGGGUACUUAUUAGUGCUGAGGACAAUUUGAACGAGAGAGAGGUGUCUCUCAGACAACAUUUGAAUGCAGUCUCAUGUUUUGAAGAUUUUUUGCCAUAACCUUUCAGAUAUUAUUGUUAAGGAUUGCUUUGCUUGCUUCUGAAUAUAUAUCCCUUACAUCAGAGAGAGCUUAGGCAUGAGCAGCUGUCGACAGUUAUUGCAUGACUACGAUCCACACAGACCUCAGCCCUUUUCACUCUCAGUGUUCAUCAGCACAUUACAUCGAUCUUUUAGGAAUGGGAUUACAACCCUGAAUCAGUUCAUUAAUUUCUAACUGAAACAUCAUACCUUUGUCAUUUUCUACAGAAAGCCUUUUAGAAACAUCUGUUUAAAGGUAUAGGACACAACAUACUGCACAACCUGUUAUCCAUAUAUCAGGGAGCUAGAAUCAAGUUGUGCUUCAUGUAUAUGAUGCUCCAGAUGAUCUUUGGCCUGAGGUGUUCACUGUGCAAAGGGCUGGAGCUCUGGGCUGGAUGUAGUUUGUAGCAGCUUAGCAAAGAGCUUGAUGUACUUUUUUCUUUUGGAUGUUUUUCAGCUGAAACAGAUCUCAAUAAUCAGCCUUUCUUUGCAUGAUGUUAACUAUUUCUCAAGUGUUGCACUUAGACAGGGACAGAGAUCAUGUCAACAUGUUGCAUAGUUUGGUCUAUACGCUGACGUCAUGGGUUGAGCUGUUGGAUUCUGAAGUGGACUUCCUGUUCCUGUUUGAAUGUCUCAUCGUUUGAGAUGUCUGAAUGAGUGUUUCUGCCUUAAUGUUGUUCAUCUGCUGUGGGGGAUAUUAACAUCUUUGAUAAUAUGUCGUUUUAACCAUAUUUAGCCAUUACUAUCAGCAGCUGCUGGUACAUUCAUUACUGGAAAUGAGUAUGUUUCCCUAUGCAAAAAUAUACCAUUAAUAAACAAGCUAUACCACAACUCCA